CUCCUGGCAAUCAGAAUGAUGCUAAUGUAUAUUUUAAACUUAUUUUCAGUGAGGUCGGCAAAGUUUAUUUCAAGGAAACAAUGGGUUGUAGCUGGUGCAGACGACAUGUUCAUUCGUGUCUACAACUACAAUACCAUGGACAAAGUUAAAGUUUUUGAGGCUCAUACUGAUUACAUCAGAUGUGUUGCGGUCCAUCCAACUCUACCAUAUAUGUUGUCAUCAUCUAAUGACAUGCUAAUAAAACUGUGGGACUGGGAUAAAGGGUGGGUGUGCACUCAAAUAUUUAAGGGACAUUCACACUAUGUGAUGCAGGUUACUUUCAAUCCAAAGGAUAUUAACACCUUUGCAAGUGCAUCCCUUGACCGCACUACAAAGAUAUGGAGUUUGGGUUCUCCAGAUCCAAACUUCACACUUGAUGGGCAUCAAAAGGGUGUCAACUGUGUUGACUACUUCACUGGUGGUGACAGACCCUAUUUGAUUACUGGUUCUGAUGACUCCACCGCAAAGGUCUGGGAUUAA